UAAGGAACUUGGUUCAUUUCUGUCUCCUCUAUCAGCGAUGGCGUCCUCAGACCUGAGAGCGGAGCUGGAUUGCACCGUCUGCCUGAACCUUUAUAUGGAUCCCGUCAUGUUGAAAUGUGGACACAACUUCUGCCGGGUCUGCAUUGAUCGUGUGUUUGAUACCCAAGAGGAGUCCGAAGAUUAUUCCUGUCCUCAGUGCAGGGAAGAGUUCCGGGAGAGACCUCCACUGCAAAGAAAUAUCACUCUGCGGAACAUCACUCAACAUUUCCUGUCUGCUCCACCACCAGAUCCAGAGAAGUCCGGGAUCUUCUGCACUUAUUGUAUUCACUCUCCUGUACCCGCUGUGAAGUCCUGUCUACUUUGUGAGGCUUCUCUAUGUGAUGACCAUCUGAGAGUCCACAGCAAGUCACCAGAACACGUGUUAUGUGUCCCCACCAGCACCCCGGAGAACAGGAAGUGCCCCGUCCAUAAGAAGAUCCUGGAGUAUUACUGCCCCGAGGACUCUACUGCUAUCUGUGCCUCCUGUGCUAUAACUGGAGAACAUCGGGGACACCAGGUGGAGACAUUGGAAGAGGCCUUCAUAAAGAAGAAGAAGAAACUGACAUAUAAUCUGGAGAAACUGAUUACUAAGAGAGAGAAGACAGAAGAAAGAGUCCGGAGUCUGCAGGAACACAAGAGAAGAAUACCAAGAGAAAUAGAGAGAGCCACUGCCCUGUUCAGAGAGCUCAGGAGACAUCUGGGAGACCUGGAGAAGGAAGUCCUGGGUGAGAUCUCCAUGGCGGAGCAGAUCUUAAGCCCAGUCAAUGAUCUGAUCCAGCAGUUGGAGGUAAAGAUGGAGGAGCUGUCCCGAAAGCUGCAUCCUUUACAAGAGAUGUGGCCCAUGACGGAUCCAUUGACCGUCCUACAGGAACCAGACACAAGUGACUUGUGUGAUACCGAGGAUGGAGAAGAUGAGGACAGAGAGAUAGAUGAGAAACUCCUUCAUGGUGGAAGGGAUCUGGAUGGGGUCUCACAUAUGAUCAGCACAGGAUUAUCAGAUAUAAUAAGUCGUUUAACUGGGGGUAUCGUUCUACAGAAAGCUGACAUUUUAUUGGAUGAGGACACGGCCCAUACUGAUCUAUCUAUCUCAUAUGACAAGAAGACCGCAACCAAGGCAGGUCCAUACCAGCCUCUCCGAUAUACAGAGGCGAGAUUUGUGGAUUGUAAUCAAGUUUUAGGCAGUCAGAGUUUCUCCUCGGGGAGACAUUACUGGGAAGUAGAUCUCCAGAGAUCCAAAAACUGGAUGAUCGGGAUGUGUUACGCCAGUAUAGAGAGGAGUGGCGUAAACUCCUUGGUUGGAAGGAAUGACGUGUCCUGGGGUUUGGGCAGCAAGGGUACAAAAUAUAAAGCAGUACAUGAUAAAAAGGAGACCUUGCUCAGUUAUAUUGUUCCUGGUAAGAGAGUCCGGGUAUAUCUGGAUUAUGAGGCCGGACAGAUCUCCUUCUAUAUGGGGGCCCCCCUCCGCCACCUCCACACCUUCACCGCCACCUUCACCGAGCCCCUCUAUGCUGUGUUGGGUGUAUGCCAUUCAUAUAUAUCAUUGGACUGAAGGGGGAUGUGAUAAUCUGUCUAGACACCAAUCACAUUAUUCUGAAUGGGGGAAUAUUGGGAAUGUAUCAUUCUA